AUGGCACUGGAUGUGCGUAUUGGGUACUACGGCCUGUGGGGAGCUACAAGAGGCUGUGAUGAUUACUUGCCCGAGAACAUCCCCGCCGGAGCCCUGACGCAUAUCAACCUUGCCUUUGAAUAUGUUAGCGAAGACCAUGAGAUCACGGACACUAAAGCUCAGGGUCCCAUUGUGGCUCGAGUGUCGCGCCUGAAGAAGAAAUAUCCCGGCCUACGGGUGAACAUCGCCCUUGGCGGUUGGGUGUUCAACGACCCCCCGACUCAGCACCGGUUCUCCCAGAUGGCGUCCACCAGGCCAAAUCGAGAGAAGUUCAUUGCAUCCUUGAUCCGGUAUAUCCGGCGCUACGCUCUCAAUGGUGUCGAUAUUGACUGGGAGUAUCCGGUUGCAGACGACCGCGGUGGCUCGAAGUUCGACUACGACAAUCUUGUCCUGCUUUGUGCGGAUAUCCGCGAAGCCUUCGACAGGGAGGAUCCGGGGUGGCAGCUGACCAUUACUCUUCCGGCCAGCUACUGGUACCUGCGCGGCUUCAAUUUGAACAGUCUCGAAAAAUACGUCGACUGGUUCAAUGUUAUGACCUACGACAUCCAUGGAAUCUGGGACCAGAAGAAUGUCUGGACCGGCCCAUACCUGAAGGGCCACACCAAUCUGACGGAAAUCGAGGAUGGUCUUGACCUUCUCUGGAGGAACGGAGUAAGCCCAGACAAGGUCGUCAUGGGAUUUGGCUUCUACGGCCGUUCGUUUACCAUUUCCGAUCUCUCGUGCACUACUCCGCCGACUUGUACUUUUGAUAGUGCUGGCUUUGCGGGGGAUUGUACCAAAGAAGCGGGCAUUCUCUCAUAUAGCGAGGUGGUCAGCAAGGAAGCCCAGCUAAGCUCAAAAUCGUUCUAUGACGAGGCAUCCUCCGUGAAAUGGAUGGUGUACGGGUCCAACCAGUGGAUAUCGUAUGACGACGAGCAAAGCUUCACGGCCAAAAAGAAGUACCUCACUUCGCGCUGUCUGAAGGGUCUCAUGAUCUGGUCUAUCGAUCUUGAUACCCAAGAUCACCAGGCAAUGACCGGCCUAUUUGGGGAAGAGGCAAUGGAGGGCGCUCUCAGGGACACCGGACUUGAUCCAGAUGAAGCUGGACAGUUGUCCUUCGAUCUUUCGGCAUGGACUGGCGAGCGCUGCUAUACCACACCUACCUGCACAGAUGGCAGUCGCGGUCAGCGGGGGCCAGAUCAGGUGUGCAAGAGUGGCUACACCGCGGUCGAGAUGGCCCAUUCCCCGGUCCAGAAGAACGGGGACUUCCCCAUGCAUGGCGAGUGCGCGGUGAAUUGGUUCCGAUACAUCUGCUGUCCGACAAAAGCCAUGCCGCAGAAUUGCGAGUGGGUGGGAGCCCCCGAACGCUCAGUCUUUGGCUGUGAUCGCGGUUGCGGAGCAUCCCAGUUUGAGCUCAACUAUGACACAUACAUUGAUGCAAGGGGGCGCCGCACCUGUUACUCGGGAGCACGGAGUCUCUGCUGUGACGGCACGGAGAUCCUGAACAAGUGUCACUGGACCGCCUGCGAUCUUAAUCCACUGGGGGGGAGCCUAUGUGGCAGCGAUGAGAUCUCGAUUGGUACCCGUUACGAUGAUGACGAGGGAGGGCUGUGUGGCACUUCGUGGAUGGGCCCAGUGCAUAAUACCGAACGUCGGCAAUGGCGGGAGUUCUGCUGUCCAAAGAGUGACCAUUUUGAGAACUGUGAAUGGGCCAUAAAGGACUGCAAUCCAGGGCAGUGCGCGACGAACAAGUUGCAAGUCACCACGGCACUGACGCCAUCCUGGAUGUACGAUUAUACAUUGUAUACAUCGAGCCAGUGCUAUGGGUUCCAGAUACCCGAGAUGAUGAGUCCUGACUUCAAGCUUUGCUGCGACCCCCCCUCGCGGUACAACGAGAAAUGGCCAGUCGAGCCAAAAUAUCUCUGGAGCCACUACUACGACAGCGCCGAUGACGAUGUCACUUGGGAGUUCAGCGAUAACUUUGGCAACAACAACAAGGAUACCAGACCGGACGAUAUGGAAGAAGAUCCGGGCAGCGAUCCCUAUGGCUUUGUCAUGCUGGAUGGUCCCCCUGGCUCGAUCAACAAUGCGUUUAAAGCGCAGUUCACCGUCAUGACCCGCGACGAGCCAGUGAAUGUCAAGAAGAGGAGCAUUGUCACUACAAACCAGACGGUUAUGGACGCAGUCUUUGCCCAUUCAGAAGAGACCGUCCUCGUCUAUUGUAACUAUCCUGCCGAUUCCAAGCAGUGUCGUCAGAUCUUCUACAAAGGGGCCGAGGACACCAUUAUCAGGCUCCCGGACCACGUUGGGGAGGGCCCCUGGGCGCGAGUGGUCUCCAUGGUACCCGUAAAACGGUUGUCCAAGAGGGAUUUGCCAGAGUGGGCCAUUCGGAAACGACAUGCCAGUGAGAACCAGAAUGGAAUAUAUGCCCUAACGUUCGACUACGACUUCCACUUGAUCAAACGAGAGGAUGAGCAAGUCAACAUCCGCGUGGACUACACGAAUCUGCUGCCGUACUGGGAUGAAAUGACCGCCUCUCCUGCGUCCAAGCGGAAGCGUUCAACAGACGAAGCUCUGACCUUUUCGGAGUGGAAGGCGCGCGUGGACCGAGCGAAGGUGCUGGACACUGAACGCUCCUCACAGAACCACACAGGGAGGCUGAGUGUUCGAUCCAGCGACAGCAGGGUCCACCGUCGGUGGUGGGGUGUAUUUGUGGACUGGGUCAAGAAAAUGACCACGGUCACAAAGACAGAUGGCGGCGUGCUCACUAUGGGACUGAUGCGGUCUCUGGUUCUCUAUAGCGGACGCCUGCAAUGCUCCAACGACGCAGUAGCUUUCACCACCGGGAUGGACAUCACCGCCGACUUCCAUAUGGCGAUGAACGCUCGAUACUCGUACUACUUUUCUGGAACCGUCGUGCCCCCGACGGUCACGGAUAUGUUUGCAUAUGUGGGGGUCCGCCCGCAGGUAUACGCAGGGGUUGGGAUAUCAGGCAAUGCAGAGCUCUACUACCCAAGCGAACGGAAGAAGAUUAUCGAUACCUUGACCUACCCUGGUCUGGCCAUCAAAGGAAUCGCAGCCGUGGGACCAACCAUGGAUCUUUGGGGCCAGAUCACCGGCCGAGUAACGGUCUCUGGAGACCUGAGAGUCGGAUUGACGUACAAGUUCAAGCCCAUUGAGCUGUACUUCCCCAACAACGACGAGGUCAGCAAUAACCUGGACGUUAGGGACAUGGAAGAAACACUAGUUGACAACCAAGGGCUGGAACCCUCAAUCUCUGGCAAUGUCCGCGCUGACGUCGACAUUGACAUCCAUGCCACGCCUGAGAUCAACCUGGGCAUUAAGAUCGGCGGAGGAAUUGGGCCUCUCAAAGGCACGCUGGCCGACGCCCAUGUGUCUGCAUUUGCCAACACGACACUAAACUUCCAUGCUGAAGCGUCGGCUGCGACCGGUAAUGGUGGCAACAGUUGGUCGUAUGCAUAUUCAGUGAGCUUCUUCUACAGAUUCGGUUUCGGCUGCGUGGCCGAGAUCUACAAGUAUGGCAAAUGGACAAGCGGGAUUUGGUAUCCGUUCCCUCAGCGCGUGAUCCCAAUCCUUUCCAAGACGUUCUCUUCACUACCAUCCACGAAGCGAUCCCUUGAUUAUGGGCCGUCGCUCUCCGAGGAGCCUCUACCUGGGGCUAUCUUCGGUAUCGGCACAGAAAGUCACCAGACCGACAGUGCUGUCCUCAGCUUGCACGCCGACCCGUAUCCUACAUACGGGAACGCAUCCCUCGAGAAGCGCCAGGACUCACCCCUGACAAAGAAAGAGUCACAAUUCACCCUUGGAUCAUUUCGGUGCACGGCUUCCACUGGAAGCGUCUGUGAGGCUUUCGUGCCGAGUGAAAGCAUGCAACGACGCGAUCUUAUGCCUUUGCCUGGGGACACUCAUGACCUCCAGAAACGAGCAACGGCAACGGACUGCCCGAGUCGCCUACCCCGUCUCUACUACAACUGCGUGACAUUCUUCUCUGACAUCUCGUUCCAGGGAUCUGCGGGGACAGCGCAGCUUCUCGGCAUCUGCACCAAUGUUGAAAAGUUCUUGAACAAUAACAGGCGCGGUAAUGUCGGUAUUACACUGACCUGGGAGCCCUCCAACGCAAGCAGCAGAAGAAGAAGAGCUUGUCCGCGCUCCUCCUGCUCAGAUGACAACGUCGACUAUCGGCAAAAGGCCCUGGGGACGCCAACGGGGACAGAGUUAGUCAACUGCGAUGAGUUCCCCUUUGCGUCCACCGAGGAGGGUGGAUCCACAUUUCUCGGCCUGAAUCCCGACGUGCUGACCGGCACUGUGAGAACCUGCGUUCCAACGUGGCAGAACAACGCCCAGGGAGGGUGCCAUAAUUUAUUAAACAACCUCGAAAGCAAUGUCGAAUAUUUCAACACGCCCGGCAGCCCGACACUGGAUAAUCCGUAUUGGGCACGCUGGAAUAGGAACGGCUGGGCGCGGAAAGGGGACCUCGGGGGUAGACAACGUCUGACAACGUAUGGGACGACGGUCGUUCCCAAAAUAUUUGUCCCCGGCUUGUCGGGAGCCGAUCGGGACAGUCCAGACAACCUGAGUUACUACCACAAGCGGAACUUUACCCUGUUCCUCUCCUAUCCACGCGAUGGUCAGAACCCGAAUGACCAAUGGCCCGAUCAGGCCUUCUCUGAUGGGAGAAUCACCGGGGGCUCCAUACACGGGGCUCCCGUUACAACAACCGUCGACUCUUCCACGUGGGUCAUUUGCGCCGUCAAUACCAUGGGCCAGCAACGCUAUCGAUUUGAAGACCGACCCAACGGGUGGUGCACGGAUGGCAUAAGUGACAAGGAGACAUGGGACGGGCUCGCCAAGAUACUGAUCGUCUAUCUUUGCAAGAUCAGCUUUAACGGAUCCCCUGGACCAACGAAGAGAGAUAAUACUCCGCUUGGAUACCUGUCUGGUGACCCAUACUAUUCCGUUGAGCGAGUCCAGGGAACCGAGCGCGAAGUCGCUAUACCCAAGGAUUGGGACGAUCAGGAACUGCGUGAUUCCUGGGUGUUCAACGAUAGUGAUGAUCUGGGAGAUGGAGAGUUUACAGAGAAGGAAUCUGGGUAG